AUGCUGUUAUUGAUGUUGAUUGCUUGCUGUAUACAAUGUGCAAAGCUGGAGUCUCAAACUUCUUACGAAAGCUAUACUAGAUAUGACAUUCCUUUACCUAAUAAAGUCACACCUAUCUUGAACUAUAGAGGCUCAAAAACAAACACUGAACUGCAAUAUGCCCCGCUCAUUUUGAAGUCAGAAAAGGCACAAAGUAUGGACUCCACCCCCACUCCAAACGAGGGCACAAAAAAUCAUGGAGCUCGCAAGAUAGAACCCCAAAUCAGUGAAAGAAUACCUUUUCCGCCGAAUAUAGCUCUUUCUUUUAUACCAGGAUAUAAUAUACAGUUAUUGUCGCAAAACAACGGUCAGAAGAAAAUAAUGCAUAAUGAAGACUAUUAUAAGAACAGUGAGCAAUCACGACGCAUUAUGACAAAUAAUGAAGAUCUGAAAUCCGCUGAUAGUAUUGUUAAGAACAAUGCCGAUUCAUUAAACAGCAACAAUAGAAAUAUUUUUGGGCUGGAGAAAUAUAAAUUCAAUCAAGUGAAUACCAGGCCGAAGACACUAACAGCGAUGGAAUCACCCGACAUUCAACCAUUUUUAGUAGUGAGAACGCCUCGGCUCCAUUUGAACGUUGCGCGCGCAUACCAUUUUGCUUACCUUCCAAAUAAGGCGCUAAACGAAAUAAUACUGAGAAAACAGGAUAAAAAACAUUAUCAGAAAACUUAUUUAAGCACUAAUCAAAGCAAAAAUUGUCAGUUGCAUCGCGUAUCUUAG